CUCAGACUCAGUUGCACAUCACUCUGCUUUGCUCUCUGUGUGUGUAUGUGUGUUUAUAUAUGUGUGUUUGAAACAAACACAGAGCGUGUGAGGACUGACGAGAGGGAGGAUUCUUCUGUUUUGCCUGACAAUCCGAGAAGAUGGAAAUUGCAGAGUUCCGGAGGCGGGGGAAGGAGAUGGUGGACUAUGUGGCUGAUUAUUUAGAGAACAUUGAGCAGAGGCAGGUUUACCCUGAUGUGGAACCUGGAUAUCUGAGGUCAUUGAUUCCUGAGGAGGCCCCGGAGGAGCCGGAGAGCUAUGAAAAUGUGGUCAAAGACAUUGAGAGGGUCAUCAUGCCAGGGGUGACCCACUGGCACAGUCCAUAUUUUUAUGCAUAUUUCCCUUCGGCCAACUCUUUUCCUGCAAUGUUAGCAGACAUGCUAUGUGGGGCCAUUGGCUGCAUUGGAUUCUCUUGGGCAGCGAGUCCUGCCUGUACAGAGCUGGAGACAGUGAUGCUGGACUGGCUGGGGAAGAUGCUGAAGUUACCAGAUGAUUUCCUUGCUGGCACAGAGGGUAGAGGAGGAGGGGUCAUCCAGGGCACUGCCAGUGAAGCCACGCUGAUAGCUCUUCUUGCUGCUCGUUCCAAAAUCAUCAAACUGAUGCAGACUGGCUAUCCUGACCGAUCUGAAGCAGACAUUAUAUCCAAACUGGUGGCUUACUCUUCCGACCAGGCACACUCAUCAGUGGAAAGGGCAGGGUUAAUAGGUGCAGUGAGAAUGAAGAAAAUCCCCACAGACAGUACGUUUUCAGUGCGAGGAGAUGCACUGCAGAGGGUUUUGGAGGAAGACAGAGCUGCGGGACUCAUACCAUUCUAUUUUUGUGCAACUUUGGGGACGACUCCGUCCUGUGCAUUUGACUGCAUCACUGAGCUUGGCCCUAUAUGUAAUGCAGAGAAUAUCUGGAUGCACAUUGAUGCUGCAUACGCUGGCAGUGCAUUUAUCUGCCCAGAGUUCAGACCCCUCCUGAAUGGCAUUGAGUUUGCAGACUCUUUCAACUUCAAUCCACAUAAAUGGCUCCUGGUUAACUUUGAUUGUUCUACAAUGUGGGUGAAGAGAAGAUCAGAUAUUGUUGGAGCAUUUAAGAUGGAACCACUUUACCUGAAGCAUGAUCACCAAGAGUCAGGCAAUGUUACAGACUAUAGACACUGGCAGAUCCCGUUGGGUCGCAGGUUCCGCUCUCUGAAAAUGUGGUUUGUGUUCCGCAUGUACGGACUCAAAGGUCUGCAAGCCUACAUCCGCAAGCAUGUAGGACUGGCCAAAGAGUUUGAGUCUUUGGUAAGAGCUGAUCAGCACUUUGAGAUCUGUGCUGAUGUUGUGCUGGGCCUCGUCUGCUUUAGACUCAAGGGCUCUAAUGAAUUAAACGAAACUCUGUUGAAGAGGAUCAACAGUUCACGUAAGAUUCAUCUGGUACCGUGCCAGCUGGCAGGCAAGUUCGUGCUGCGGUUUGCAGUGUGUGCACGUACUACUGAGCCACGGCAUGUUCAGGAGGCAUGGUGCCACAUCAGUCACCUGGCAUCAGAACUGCUUCAGGAACUGCCUCACUGACCACUGGGCAUCACGUUAAUGAGUCCAGUGAGCAAUCUGUAUCACACCUGUUAACCACACAGUCUUAUUUUCACACUACUGCUGCGAUUUUUCUGCUAUUUAUUGUCAAUGUGUGUAUAUAUGCAUGUCACAAAGGUGUGUCUUUAUGAACUUGAUCAUUUGUGUCACCUUUCUGUGAGCAGUGCAGAGAAAGAUUUCAGACUACUUUACUAGUGCAAUGGCCUUAAUUUGUCAGCUGUCAACAUACUGUAACAUACAGUAAAUAAAAAAUUUACUGAAUGCACCUUUAUACUUACUAGUGAUGUAGAUGGUCAACCAAUUAACUACCAUUAACAACUUGUUUGACUGAUGUUAUUGGUAAAAAAAAAUUAUUUGUUGUGUUUAUUAAAUAUGUUUUUUGUUUGACAAUAAACAACAAAUGAGAUUUUAA